UAAAUAUGGAAUAUAAAUUUUAUUCAUUUUUUAUUCUCGCUUCUUCUUUUAUUAUGCUCACUAAAUAAAACAUGACGUCAACUAUCUCGUGAUCUGAAUAAUAAUUUCAGCCUGCACAAUAGUUGAUUUCAGCUAAUUUUAAUUUGUCGAUCUUGAAUCAUUUUUUUUUUCCAAGAGAUCGAAAGAACCGAUAAUUUGCUUAAUUAAAAUAGACUUUCUUAAAUAAAGUAAAUUUUUGUUCAGCCAAAUUUUUGAGAAAACAAGUCACAGGUUAUGGGAGAUUGGCGUAACGAGUUUAAAGUUGUACACAAAUAUCUAAUUUGGUCGAAUAUGAAACAAAUAUAAAUAGUCUUCCUCCAAUUUAAGACUUUAUUCUUUUUAACAAAAUGUCUGCUCAAUUUUUUUCAAAAUUAAGUCGAAAUUACAUUGAAUUAUUAAAGGAUGAUGAAUAUUAUGAUAUUACAAUUGAAGUUUGUGAAGAUCCUAACGUAAAAUUAUUUCGUGCUCACAUGAAUAUUUUGUAUAUUUAUGGUGGUAUUCUUUCAUUGAAUGUACAUGACAUUUCAGAUUCUUUUAAAGUCUUUGCCGCUGCAGAUAAUCUUCAUUUUCAAGGACUACUAGUUAUAAAGAAUUGA